CCCCCGUGAAGCACCCGUUGUGUGACGUCGACUCAGAGCGCCCCCAGAUGACCCGCCGGAAAGGGCGCGCCUGAUCGCGGCGAUCUGAUCGACUCACUUGAAGUCGAGAUAAUGAUCUUUUGCCUCAGCUUACUAGCGAUCAUCACGGAUUCGUAUUUAGCUGAGAAUGGAUCAUCGUGUCAGGACGCGGUAACGCGUUGCGAAGCUGCGGACGAGUGUCGAUGGCAUUUGGGCGAGUUACGCGUACGAUGUGCUCCGGAUACAUGUCGACGUGCUGAAUGUGCUGCGGCUCUUCAACGUUUUGCUCGUUUCGUUCCGUUUUCUUUGGUGGAGUCGAUGAUGUUUUGCCAUUGUUCGGCUGGUGACUCAGAAUGUGCUCAUCAACAGGAAUUGCUCUAUCCAAAGUGCCUUUAUUCAACUAACUCAGCGGCAAUGACAUGUACUGAAGCAGCACGCAAAUGUGAUUCGGACCAUCGAUGUCGGCAUCUGCGGCAUUCACUUUCAGCAAAUUGCCCCAUAGCUCAUGACGAAUGUAUUAAAACGUCGUUAGAUGAAUGUAGGAGAACAAUUUUGCAUGCUAGGGCAUCAAUUCUGGAGCAGCCUUGCUAUUGUCCGUUAGCUGAUGUGGAAUGUAUGGCUCAUCAAAGAACGAUGAUUCCGAAUAACCCUUGCAUCGAGAAAGCUAUGCUUGACUACUCUCGUCUGAUGGGCUACAAUACUCCCACCGCCGUCAAAAGUGUGAGCAUUGAAACAAACCGCGUUUAUGACACCAAUGUGCAAGAAGCAGGAUCAUCCAAGAGUGCAUCACCGUAUCGCGCGGAAAACUCUAGAAUCGCAGUGGAUAGCCGAGGUGUAGUAAGAUCGGGAGGAAGUAACCCUAGUAAUCGAAGGAUUACUUCUGGCCAUAGUGGAGAAACACGGAUAAAUGUUGGAGAGACGGGAGGAAAUCAGGACAAGGGAGAAAACAUGGAAGACGAGAAAGAAGAAAAGAGGGGUGAACAUGAGGAAUCUGCGGCCAAGGAAGGUGAGAAGAUGGGGAAUGAGCAAGGAUCGGUGGCAUCAACAACGCGAGGGCCAAAAGUGACAACAUGGCAUCCUCAUGGAAAAGUUCAGCAUAAUGAGGGUCGACGGAAGAGUAAAUUUCGGACGACGCCGUCGCCGUUACCUCCAACAGAACCGCCACCACCGUGGGAAACGACCACAACACCUUUGCCAACAACCACGACAACAUUCGUAACGCAUGCACCUCCGCCACCUGAAGGGUGCAGCGCUAAGGAUGCCAGCGGUCGAAAUAUUUUUGUUCACAUAGGCUCUGUUAUACGGAGAUACGUGGACUGGUCAGGGCGAUGUUCGUCAUGGUGUGAAUGUUUAGCAGAGGAUAAAUUGACUUGCGAACGUUUGCCAUGUCUGGAAGAUGGACGUUGCGAAGCGCCAUUGACGACUGUUGAUUUUGGAGAAAGAUUGUUUUUACGUGAUCGUGGUGCAUGCUAUUGUGAAUCUGGUUCAUUUAUCUGUGAUUUACCAGAGGAAAUGCCAGAAGUAUAUCCUGGAAUUUACCUCUCAGCUGGUUACUCAGUAAACGAUGUUGAGAUGUUACGUAGCGAAACACCUCGUGACGUCUUAGAACGUGCUGGAUUUCUCUCAUCGAAUGCGGCGACGGAUAUCGCCAGCAGACUCCAAAUUGCCUUCGAAAGAAUACUUCCUGAGGGCUUACAAUGUCGGAUCGUACUGAUGCCAGAAAUGAGUGAAUCUGGAUCAGCAUUUAUGAGAGUUGAAUGGUUCGGCAAAAAUGAAGCGCUCAAUCAUACGAAAGUACAAUGGCAUACUGGUGGAGCCGAAAAGGCUUGCUCUACAUACGUCAACAAGCUCUCAAACUACUUCUCGCUCAGCGAAUCGCCACGCUUUCAGUUGGUGCUCUCCUCUGUAAAGCAGCUCAAAGUACUAGAUUACUUAGAUGGACUGCCUUCAUCAACGCCAGAUGUAAGAUAUCUCAUUGCUGCGCUAGUAUUAUUAUUCAGAUUAUUUAUGCAAUUAGUGAUAUGACACGAGCUCAUUCGGUGCCUUUGAUGAUAUUUAUAUGUUGACAAUUCUUGAUAAAUGUUGUUAUUU